UCAAAGGCAGCAGCCAUGAUGGACGGAAGUGAUGAAGGUCCUGACCUGUUGGCUGAGGACAAGCCACGGUCAGUGUCUGUUGAUCUUGAAACUGAUACUUCGCUGCAAGUAGACAUCUCUGAUGCCUUGAGUGAAAGAGAUAAAGUCAAAUUUACUGUGCACACCAAGACCACCCUUCCUGAAUUCAAGCAGCCAGAAUUCUCAGUAGUACGACAGCACGAGGAAUUUGUUUGGCUGCAUGACAGAUAUAAUGAAAAUGAAGAGUAUGCUGGUAUUGUGAUACCUCCUGCCCCACCCAGACCUGAUUUUGAUGCAUCUCGGGAGAAGCUGCAGAGACUGGGAGAAGGAGAGGGAACAAUGACCAAAGAGGAGUUUCAGAAGAUGAAACAGGAACUAGAAGCUGAGUACCUUGCAACAUUCAAGAAGACUGUAGCAAUGCAUGAAGUUUUCUUACAGCGGUUAGCAGGUCAUCCUCAACUUAGGAAUGAUGUCAAUUUUAAAGUAUUCUUAGAAUAUGACCAAGAUUUAAGUGUAAGAGGAAAGAACAAAAAAGAAAGAAUAAGUGGCUUCUUCAAAAAUAUGACAAAGACAGCAGAUGAAGUUCUUCUCUCCAAUCAAAAGGAUGUGGAUGAAUUCUUUGAGUCAGAGAAAGGUUUUUUGGUGGAGUAUCAUUCAAAGAUCAAAGAUGCCACGGCAAGAGGAGACAAGUUAACCAGGGCACAUAAGAAUGUUGCAGAUUCCUACAUAGCUAUAUCUUCGGGACUUACACAGCUAGCAACAAUAGAGAAUACAGAAUUAGAUAAACUGUUUACUAAAUUAGCAGAAUUCUUUGAAAAGGCUCGGAAACUUGAAGGCAGAGUAGCUUCAGAUGAAGACUUAAAACUUUCUGACACCUUGCGGUAUUACAUGAGGGACUCCUCUGCUGGUAAAGACCUUUUGUAUAGGCGGCUUAGGUCAUUGGCUGACUAUGAGAAUGCAAAUAAAGCCUUAGACAAAGCCAGGUCAAAGAACAAAGAUGUACAUACUGCAGAAACUCAGCAACAAGCUGCUUGUGAUAAGUUUGAAAAGAUUUCAGAAACAGCCAAAGGAGAGUUGACCAAUUUUAAGACCAGAAGAAUAGCCCAUUUUCGUAAAAAUAUGGUAGACUUGGUGGAGUUAGAGUUAAAACAUGCAAAGGCCCAGGUCCAGCUGCUCAAGAAUACGCUAGCAAAUUUGAAAGAAGACUUGUAAAGGGCGUCAUGUGGGAAUAAUCAUAAAUGCAACUAAAUUCUUGAAAGAAAUUAAAGACUAACAUAAUUUUGUUUAAAUGUAGACGGUGUGUUGAGAAUCCCUCUUCAAAUCACUCCCUUCUUAGAUGUAUAAAAAAAGUGAUUGUACAUAUAACAUCAGCCUACUCUGCCUAAGCUAUGGAUAGAUGAAGAUGAAAUGUUGCUGCAUUGGCUUUAAACUAUCUUCCCUCCUUGGUGCUUUACUGUGGAUACAAGGCAAUACAAAUGUCAUUCUUGAUGUGAACCUUUCCUAGGUUAUAAGCUGUAAUUGUGCAUUUCAUUUUUUUAAAGUUAUGUUUGCACUGUCUUAGCUGUUAUCAUGUGAAAAAAAUUGGUCAGAAAAAAUUAAGAAUAUCAGCAUUGUUAUGAUAGUUGAGGAGUGAUAGUUGAAAGUUAACUGUCCAUGCUUCAGUAGUUAAAGUUGAUUUUCUGAUCAACUGUUCUUUACUGUCCGGAAUCUUUUAUCAUCAAGUCAUUGACUACAAUUACUCCCCUACAGGCGCUCAAUUAUGGCAUUCCAUACUCUCUGUAAUAUAUUUUAUAUUAAUCUGGAAUUUACAUUUACCCCUGUAAAGGUAGAUUUCACUGAUAUAUCAUUUCAUAGUUUUUUUUAGCUUACAGUGUGUGGUAAAAAAUGUACAGUAAAAAAUGGGAAAAGGUUCAAAAGAAACAAAUUGUUAAUUUUGCAUAGUCUGAUAAGUAUUCCUUUGGAAUGCAUUGUAGAUAAUUUAAGCACCCAUUCAUGUUGCAAUUUGACAAAUCUAGUAGAAAACUCCACAAUAUGUUGAAACUAUUUUAAACUAUUUUGAAAUUUUAUAUUGCAGUUUCAACCAGGCUAUAGUAUCAUGAAAUGCUAUGUAAAUAUAUACCGAUUUGAGAAAUAUUUUAUUUUCUGUAGCAUUAAAAUAAAAAACACAUGUUGAAGACAGAGAUGUUAUUUUGCCCAUCAAUGAUGAUGAUAUUGUGUAGAACAUCUAAAUGUUGCAGGGUUUUGUUUGUAUCAAGUAUAUAAAUUGAUCACAUGCACACAAAUAAAAUAUAUGUAAUAUGAAA